ACACAGUUAUUAAAGUUUGUUAAACAUCAAGUACUCUUUGGGACAUGACACAUAGUUGUCAUUCAUUAACAAUCGAUAUCUCAAGCAUUCUUGUUUUGACCCUCCCAUGAUCAACAUCACUUAUCUCGAUAGAAACAAAUUUUAAACAAAAGUAAAGAAAGCAAGUUAAAUCCCAAAGAUAAGAAUAGCUACGGAAUGUCUCGAUCGCUAUCCCAUUCCCCCAAUCACGUGCUGAGUAUGGAUGAGCAUGAGGACCUCAAACAGUGGCUAAAGGAGCAGCGUAUUGUCCUGGACCUGCGUACCCGUCGCUCCUUCUCUGAUGUCCUGCCAGUGGCCAAGAUUGUCAAGCGAUGCUACCCCCGUCUGGUGGACCUGCACAAUUAUCCAAUCAAAAGCAGUGUAGUGCUUAAGCUUCAAAGCUGGGACACGUUCAACGCCAAGGUUCUGAAGAAAUUGGGCAUCAAUAUGCCGCGAUCGGUGCUGCAACAACUGGCUGCAGCCGUUCCGGGAGCUAUCGAAAUGCUAUUCCAGGAACUGAUUCCUGUCACCAAGUGUGGCAGUCCCAGACCGAGUCCCAUGCUGCGAGUCUCUCCCAAACCGCCGGUUAAUAAGGAUUCCCGGAAUCGCGCCCUCCAUCGAUCCCUCACCCAAGUGAUCGAGCGUCCCUCCUCCGGUGAGAAGCAACCCAAAGUGCUGACCAUGGACGUGGACACCAUGGUCAAUGGACAGAUCAAGAAGGUGGCUAGGAAGGUAGUCGACCACGAACACUACGCCAAAGUAGUAAGGGAGAGCGACGAAAAGUCCAAAUACAUUAGCUCCAUUAGCCAAAAGGCGGACUAUCUGGAGAGCGUUAUUGCCGUGAAGGAGGAGCGCAUCUCCGAGCUAAUGGACCAACUGGGCAAACUGUCGGUGAGCAUACUUUCCAUGCAACCCAUGCUCAGCGAUAACGAUGAUGACAAAAGAAUCAGUAUAAAUACCCAUGCCCAUAUUAAUAACGCCUCUGAGCCCUUCUUUAAGUUUUCCACCUAA